UGCAUGAAGUCGAAAUUUACAAGAAUGAGAAGUUCCUUCCACUAAAGAUCUUUUUUCUAUUGUUUCAAAUUAUAAUAUACAUUUAGCUGUAAAAAACUUGGCAUACGAAACGGAGUUUAUAAACCCCAUUUAAUUUACAAAGUACGACUCAAAAAAUGGACAAAGGACUUUGCAAAAGAUUGAUCUUUUCACACAAUAUUUUAAGAAUACACUAUUGUAGAACAUGGAUACAGGAUUCAAGUUGAGAAGGAUCGUUAAAGAAUUGAGAAAGUAAUUCUACCAACAUGUGCACAUUCCAAAUUCCAGAUAUUAUUAUUGAAAUCUAGUUUUCAUUCAUAAAGAUGAAACUCAUCAUAAAAAAUAAUACAAAAAAAAAGACCCCUGCACAAGAGAAACAGGUUAGAAAAUGUUUACAAGCACUUGCAUCGCAUCUUUUCUAUUUUUGCCUUUCUGAAGAAUAUUAUGUACGGAAAAAACGCCCUUUUUUUCUAAAUAGGGAUAGAUCCAAGCCUCAAACGAUGCAACUAUAUCGGUAAAAGUUUUUUUUUUCUUGCUAUUAACAAAUAUAUCUUGCAUUUCGCUUUUCGCUAAGAAAGAAACAGAAGAUAAAGCCAAACGAUAGAUUUGUUAAGAACACGCAUUUAAGGGAAAUUGUUUAAACUUAUUGUCUCUUGUUGUUCACCAAAUCUAUAGAGUUAGUCAAAGAACAAAACAUGGUAAUUUCAGGUCUUCCCCUCUCCACGUACCCCUACGACAUGCAUCUGCUAGUAAAAUUGUGUCUACAUAAGCACUAGACAUGUGCACAUAGCGAACAACACUUCCUCUAAUAAAUAAAUCCUUGACUGCAGCCUAUAAAACUCCAUUAGCAAAUGCUAAAAGACGAAGACUUGAGGAAUGACGACGCUCGUUCGAAGAAACCAAUCAGGUACAUUGAACUCUUUUACGAUGAUACUUUUUAGAUCCAUACUCUUGUACGGCAUUCAUCAUUCCAAAUAUUCGAUCCAAAACCUACCAUGUGAGGAUAUUUCUCAGAUUCCACGACAGAAAUAUUUUCUAGUUUAACAUUCAAGAAUUGGUCUACGGACUUCAAGAUUCCCCGAAUACUCAUAUCAUUCUGCAAACAGUUAGUCUCACCAUCAAAACUUGCAAACCCACACCUUGAGCUCGACAGUAACCUCCGUAUCAAUUAAAGUCUUAAAAAAGGAAUAAAAUAACAUUAUAGAGGAGUUUUAAAUUCGAAUUUAUGAAGCUUUUUGGAAAAACGAAGAAACGCGAUGUAUGCUAAAUCCCAGUGUCUUAGAGAAGUAACAGCCAAAGCUGUGACUUGAAUUCGCAAUGAGCAAUGCUAAACCAAUUCAGGAAUAAAUGUUGGCUUUAUUAAAACAUAUCAAUUAAACGUAAUUUUUUAUGAUAAUCUUUCUUUUAAUACCUUUCAUCAAUAUGGUUAUGGCAAAGUAUGCAGAUGUCGCCAAUUUAAAACUAUCUCAAAUUGAUCCAAAACUAGCUGAAUAUGUAACAAUAGGUGUGGAAAUGGAUCCAGAAUUGACGCUAGAACAAGCUUCCUAUGGUGUAGGUGCCAGCUGUAUCUACCCUGUCGGUGACACCUUAUACCACAUAGAUGGUACCGGGAAGAUCUGGGGUACGAAACAAGGUGUGACGAACUUUUCAAACUGUAGCGGUAACCCUGUGGAUGUCUGUAGAGGAUGGGAUGUGGAAAGUGCCAUUAAAGAAGCUGCUGCCAGUGAUCUAGACUUGAAAGAUAUGGAAGAAUUUAAUCAGUUUAAGAUAAAGCAUCUCCAUGAUGCUGUAGAAGCUUAUAAUUCAGAGACUUCUAAUUAAUUGCAAGCCCGUGCUCCUAAUAAUCCAAUAGAUAUCUGUCACAAAUAAUCCUGUAAAUUGUUGUACUUACAACUUCCACUGGAUAAACAUUCUCAUAAUGUGUGAGAUUUCUACUAUGACAAAAUUAAUCUUUUGGUUUUGUGUUCCAGGGGGCUGAAGUUCAGGGAAGCCACUUUUUUCUCGUCAGAUUUCAUAGUGAAAUGGGAUGUAAACAAAAGAUCUAAGGGCGUUAUGACGGACGUUUGUGAACAGCGAGUAUUUUGUGGUUAAUUUUCUUCUUAAGGUUGAUUAGUUUUGUAACUUGUUUGUACAAAGUAAAGUCUGAAAUCUGCUAUUUCUCGUAAUUUAAUAACUGAAAGCGUCGUUGACAAAGCACAAACAAAUCCCUGUAUUCUGAUUGAAACUCUAAGCCUGAGAACCAUAAAUCAAAUGCGAUUUUUUCCUUUGGUUGGACCAAUGUCAGCUUUGUCUUUUCAAGAAAGGGAGUGCUUGGGUUUCAUCUUUAC